CUCAAUUCUCAAAUGUCAAAUGCUUAAUAUCUAUCUGAUAAGCAACUAGCAAGCGUCACACUUCACAGUUCACACGUUAGACGUUACUAAAAAAUCCGCAUUUCUCGGAGUACUGUAGUUUUCCGGUGAGGUAUUUUAAAAUUCCGGUCACUACAGAAGAACUGAAUGGCUCGAGUUUCUUCAAAUCCCGUCGGACUCCAUAAAUUCCGGCCGUCUUGUAUUCAUCCCGCCAUAAAAUCUCUUCGUUUCAUAAAUCCCUCCGUUCAUUCUCGCAGUAGAAAGCUCAGAUUCCAGCGGUUGUACUGCCAAACUGAACCUAAUCCGACCGAUUCCAACUCCGAGAAAAACUCCAUUGUUGAAUCUGGUUCUGAUAAAGAAGAUAAGGUUAGCGAAGUUACAAGUUCUCCAAGUGAUGGUGGAUUACCUGCUCUCCCAAACAAAACCCUCAAUCGGAGAGUUGCAAUAGCUUCUGUUCUUGGAGCAGUAGGUCUGUUUGCUUCAGGUAGACUUGAUUUUGGUGUUUCUUUGAAAGAUCUUUCUGCUGCAUCCUUACCUUAUGAAGAGGCUCUUUCAAAUGGGAAGCCAACUGUUGUGGAGUUUUAUGCAGACUGGUGUGAGGUUUGUCGUGAAUUAGCUCCAGAUGUUUUCAAAGUUGAGCAACAAUACAAAGAUCGGGUAAAUUUCGUUAUGCUAAAUGUUGAUAAUACGAAAUGGGAACAAGAACUAGAUGAAUUUGGUGUUGAGGGUAUUCCACAUUUUGCAUUUUUGGAUAAAAAUGGUAAUGAAGAAGGGAAUGUAGUGGGCAAGCUGCCCAAAAAAUACUUCAUGGAAAACAUUGAUGCACUUGCUACUGGAAAACCAUCAAUCCCACAUGCCCGAGUUGUUGGUCAGUUUUCAAGUGCUGAAGCUAGAAAAGUCCACCAAGUAUCCGACCCUAGAAGUCAUGUGUCCACGCGUCUUUAUUCAGGUGGACUUUCUUCAUUGCCACCCAUUUGUUGGGGGUUAAUUUUCCGGCUUACACUGUACAAUAUACUUAGACAUCUAGUUGUUUGUUGGAAAAUUGUUUGUGGCUCGUUCGAUUUCUGUGUGCGGGUAGAAUGGGACAUUGAAGCUAGUGGUGGUUUCGCAAAACUGGUGUCUUGCCCUCCUAGGAUUCUAGAGGCAACUUGUUUUCUAAGGCAGUAG